UUACCAUAGUACGUGAAGGCAGCAUGAGUUGCUGUGGAGUAGAUACGGACACAUGAAAUGUAAAUAGUGAUAUAAAGUCCCUCAAAAGUGUAUUUGACCACGCACAGUGUUUGAGUAAAAGUCCUUGUUUUGACUCCACCCCAGUCCAGCUGUGGUCUGAGCCGGUUCUGACCGUCCUGGGUCAUCAUCCCAUUCUCCGUUCAGUCCAGACCUGCCGCUGGCAGAUGAACCCUUACUGACCCUGGGCGGAGUGGAGCUAAAUGCUAACACAUGCACAGUAAACUCCACUGCAGUCACUUCCAGACUCUGCCCCAGGUCAGGGACUGGACCCUGUCCCAGUCCACUCUGGUUCCAGUCUCUGUGGGUUUGCUCACCGGCUCGGACCGGUUCCUGCAGCGAAGCGAAGCUGUGAAGACUCAUGUUCCACACAAAUCCCAAAUUCAAGUCAAUGUUUACUAGGUGAGGUUAGUUAUUAACUCCAGUUUGCAGCAGCUGCUCAGGGUCCCAGGGGGCGGACGGCCCCGUCAUUCUGUGCGCCCCACCAUGCUGUCCGCCCGGGCUUGGACACGUCUGGGUCCCCUGUGCCGACCGGGUCCCUCCGGUCUGUGGAGAGGAACCCGGGGCCACACAUCCGCUUCCAGGCUGGACCUCAGCGGGAUCUACCCCCCCAUUGCGACUCCGUUCACCGCCAGAGAGGAGGUGGACUACCAGAAACUGGAGGAGAACCUGCACAAGUACGCACAGAUCCCCUUUAAAGGUUUGGUGGUCCAGGGGUCCAACGGGGAGUAUCCGUACCUGACGGAGGACGAGCGGGUGGAGGUGGUGAAGGCGGUCAGACGCUCCCUCCCCUCAGACAAACUGGUCAUGGCUGGAUCCGGGUGUGAAUCCACUAGAGCAACAAUACAGCUCACAGAAAAGAUGGCGGCGGCCGGAGCUGACGCCGUUCUCGUGGUAACGCCGUGCUUCUACAAGGGCAAGAUGGACAGCCGCGCUCUCAUCGAGCACUUCAUCAAGGUGGCCGACAGCAGCUCGGUGCCGGUGGUUCUGUACAGUGUUCCGGCCAACACGGGCUUGGACCUGCCAGUGGAUGCCGUUGUGCGACUAGCUCAACACCCGAACAUCCUAGGCCUCAAAGACAGCGGAGGAGACAUCACACGGAUUGGCCUGGUUGUUCACAAAACCUCGAGGCAGGAUUUCCAGGUGUUGGCGGGCUCGGCGGGAUUUCUCAUGGCGGCGUAUUGUGUCGGUGCGGUGGGCGGGGUCUGCGCACUGGCCAAUGUGCUCGGGCGAGAGCUGUGCGAGUUGGAGCGUCUGUGUGUGACCGGUCGCUGGGAUGAAGCCAGAGCUCUGCAGCAGCGUCUCAUCGAACCCAACGCCGCCGUGACCAGGAAGUUGGGAGUGCCCGCCCUCAAGCAGGCGAUGGAGUGGUUCGGUUUCCACGGCGGCGCCUGUCGAUCACCUCUUCAGCCGCUCACUGAGGCUGAGACGGAGCAGCUGAGGAGGGACUUCACAUCUAACGGCUGGAUGUGAGUGACCAGAAAAAAAGAAUUAAAAAAAAAAAAAUCAAUUUAACAGCCUUCCAUGAAAAAUCAGUAGUAAUAUCUGCAACAUGAUCGAUAUAAAUCUACUUCAAUAUUUUACACAGCUUGUAUCAUUAUUAUCUUAAUACGAGAAUUUGCUUUAAGUUAAUGAAGCAAUUAAGGAAUUCAGGAAAUGACUUCAUUAAAAGAAGAGGAGGAGGAGGAAGAUGAUUGUUGACAAUAAACAGAUUUAAGAUAAAGUUUGAGCAUUAUUUGUGGCAAUAAAAUUAUAUUUGAAUAAUGUGUUUCUUGUGUAUUUAAAGACAAAAAACAUGUUACACUGAUGCUGCCUUCACUUGCUAUGGGAAUUAUGGUUAAUACUAAUUACGAACCCAAAAAUUGCACUUGAACGCCCCCUCACGUCAUAUUUUCCACUGGGGAACUGGGAAAAAAACUUUCAUUAUCAAGAUGCCGAAAU